AUAAAAGAAAAAGGAUAGAAAGAAAAAAAAAAAUAAUAAAAAGGAAACAAAAAAAAAGGGGGCAUCCAGGUGUUUACUUCAGUCAAGAUGCGUUGAGAGGAAGAAGAGUAAUGUUCCAGUUUCAGUAGCUUAUGAAUUGCGUGCACCCCCAUGCACCUACAUCCCAGCUGUGUUGUGAUUGCGCUGACUACUUAAAACGAACUUCCUACUUCCUUGCUGGGAACAGGAACCGCCGGUGUAGCAACUACCGCAACCGACCUCGCCUCGACACCGACCGCGUCAAGUAUUUGUACACGAUCAGAAUUACGCCGCAAUUCACAAACACUAGAACACCCUGCAAAAUCAGUGAAAACUCUCUAUGAGCUUUAAUAACAUGUAGUGUUUUAUGACUGGUUACCUUUAGAAUUACAUCCGAUUUAAUGUGCGAUUUGUGCUAUUUAAAAAUUUAAAAUGAAUCUAACAAUUGAAAGAUCUAGGCUUAUUGCCUACUCAGGUUUAGUAAAACAUAUCGUGAAACGUGGAACCAGUAAAAUUGCUGUAGAAGUAGAACCUGACAUCUUGAAUAAAUUAGAGAAUGAACAGCUGAAACCGAGGAAACAUCCCGGGGUUAUAAAAUUGAGUCGCAUAGAACUACCUAUAAAUAUAGCAAAAGCCUUGCAAAAGGCGGUUGGCGAUUAUCCAGUUAAGGCUUUACUAGAAGAUGCUAAGAAAUUGAAUCGAUUCCUAAGCAAAAGACACCCUCCACCAGAACCGGAUGAAAUCAAUACUAAAAUGAGUAGAAUCAUAGAAGAAAUUAAUGCUGUAAUGCCAAUUGAAAAGACAUCACAGUUAAAUGAGGUGGAGAAGCGAAAAUGGCAACAACGACGCGACAAUCUGGUCAGAAAAAGAUUUUCGGAGCGUACAUAUGCUUGGAAACCUAUUGUAUAUGGACCAUAUGAAGCUAUAGUGUAUGCUCUCGGUCGUGGAGCUAAAGAAUUUGCUGCUUUAAAGCGUAUUUUGCAAGAAAUUGUAAACAGAGAUCCUGACUUCAAACCAAAUAGUUAUCUUGACUUUGGUUCAGGCGUAGGCACUGGUAUGUGGGCUGUCAGCACUUUAUGGGAAAACACAUUAUACGAAUACUUCAACGUAGACAGUUCUCGGGAGAUGAAUGAUCUGUCAGAGCUAAUAUUACGUAAUGGUAACGAAAAUCAUGAGAUACCUUUACGCAACGUAUUCUACCGGCAAUUUUUGCCAGCAUUGGAGACAAAAUAUGAUUUAGUGGUGUGUUCUUACUCCCUCUUUGAAUUGCCAAGCACGAAGCAUCGUCAAGACGUUUUAUUAAAUUUAUGGGCGAAAUGUGAUGGAUAUCUGAUCGUAGUAGAAGAGGGUACAAGACGAGGUUCCCAACUAGUCAACGCUGCCAGAGAUCUGAUACUCUCUUUAGACAAUCCUAAGGCGGCUGGCCAUGUUUUUGCACCUUGCCCUCAUGAUAAAAUUUGUCCUCGCUUCUCGAAUUUAAAUGAUCGGACGCCGUGCAAUUUUGAAACGCUUUAUGAGGAGCCGCAACACUGUAAAAUUUCUCAGGCGUACGGUGUUGCUUGCUACAGCUAUAUUAUUUUGAAAAAAGGCCUGCCACAGGAGGCUAAUUCAUGGCCCAGAAUUGUAAGGCCAACAUUAGUGCGUUCCAGACAUGCCAUUUGCAGAAUGUGCACAUCAGAGGGCAAAUUACAGGAAGUUAUUUUCACAAAAUCUAAACAUGGCAGAUUUGCUUAUAGAUGUGCGAAAGCAAGCCGUUGGGGUGAUCGUUUGCCAAUAAUAAUUGGAGAACCUUUUUCUACAAAAGAGAUGUCUCCAUAUUCUACUGAAAGCAAAGAAAAUACUCUCAGUAAUUCGUUAGACAAUCGUUCAACGUCAAUUUAGUUUUUUACAUUCUUUUAAGAGAAAAAGUUUCAACUGGCCCAGGUUUUCAGUUUGGUAAUUGAUUUCAUCCGAAAAAUAAUAUAAUAA